AAACACGGUGCAUUUUGUUUAUAGAAGCUAAGUGCACCGUCGUGGGCGUCGUGUCUGCUAAUUAUUUCAGUGUUCGCUAUUAAUUCAGAGCACAGUAAAUUAAACAAUUCAUUCAGAGCACAGUAAUUUUUAAGAUGUUGUCACCUGAAGAUCAACAAGUACAGAUAUGUCUAUUGAAGUCCAAUUUAGAAGAAAUAGAAAGUAGCUUGGUUGUUCAGCGUUCGGCUCUGCCGGAGCUAGACGAGGAGAAUGAGCGGCAGUACCGGGAGACGAUGACCGCGCUGAAGGUGUCGCGCGCGCAGAACGAACAAAUCGAGCGGCUCAAGCAGGAAAACGUUCGACUGACAGCGAAGCGUACGCAGCUGAAACACCAGUGCGAGGGCUUGGCGGAGGCCCUGCAGGCGGCGCGCGACACCCGCGCCCGGGUCACCGGCCUCAUCAAGGAUGAGGAGCGAGCAGAAGAGAGUUACAUACGGACCUACGAGGACUCGUUGCAAAAUAAGGCGGAGCGAUUUAGGCAGACUCGGAGUUUCUAUGACGAGACGCAGAUGACUCGGGAUUUCGAAGAGGUUAAUAAAACGAUCUCCGAGUUUGAGAGUGAAGUCGCACGGCGUCAACAAAUUGUUGGAGAGUUGAAAAAUAAACUUGGAACCAUGACACCGGGGAUUCCUGAAGACUUGCCUGUCAUCAUGGGUAAAAUGGAGCUAGCUGAGAAAUUGAAAUUGCUGAUGAAAAAUACUGAAGAUCUUCGACUGAAAGUGAAUAAUCUGAAGAAACAGGAUAAUAAACUUUAAAAAGAUUUUCGACGUGAGACUUUGCUAUACCUUCUAUGCAUAUUAGGUAUAAGUAAUACAAUUGUCUAGAUGCGUUUCCUUAG